UAAGUCAUGUUGCAUAAUAAUCAAGCUCUCUAAAAUGAAGAGAGGCAAACGAACAAGGAGAAAGAAAAAGAUCGUGUUACCUACGGAAUUGAUCAUUCAAAUCUUGUUAAGGUUGCCGGUAAAGUCUCUUCUCCGUUUCAAAUGUGUCUCUAAGUCAUGGUAUUCUCUUAUAUCUGAUUCCCAUUUCGCAAAAUCACAUUUUGAAUUAGUUGCCACGGGCACGCAAAGACUUUUGUUCAUAGAACCUUCUAUUCCUGUAAUCCGAUCCAUAGAUUUUAAUGCAUCGCUUCAUGAUGAUUCUGCUUCCUUUGCACUAAACCUCAACUUCCCGCAUCCCACUCGAAUCAUAGGUUCAUGUAGAGGGCUUGUACUUUUGGACUGUUGGCAAAGUCUCUUGGUGUGGAAUCCAUCCACAGGCUUCCACAAACAACUUUCUCACUCACCUAUUGCAUCAGAUAUGGAUGCUUUUUUUUUCACAUUUCUAUAUGGUUUUGGGUAUGACUCAUCAACAGAUGACUACUUGGUAGUUCAAGUCUCCUAUAAUCCAACCUUAGAUGUUGCAUCACGUGUGGAGUUUUUCUCGCUCCGAGCUAAUGCAUGGAAGGAAAUUGAGGAUAUUCAUUUGUCUUAUAUGAAUAGUGGUGACGAUGAGAGAUUCGGAUCGCUCUUGAAUGAUGCUAUUCAUUGGUUGGCUUUUCGAGACGAUGUAUCAAUGAAUGUUAUUGUAGCCUUUGAUUUGAUGGAGAGGAGUUUUUCGGAGAUACCUCUGCCAGCUGUUGAUUUAGAGUGUGAGUUUUAUUUUUGUGAGUUAAAGGUACUUGGAGAAUCUCUUAGUCUAUGUAUUGCGGGGUGUGACUCUCCUGCAGAAAUAUGGGUGAUGGAAGAAUACAAGGUACAGUCAUCUUGGACCAAGACUAUUGUUGUGCCUGUUGAUGCCAUUCCUAGUCAAUAUUUCUCCUUCAUUUGCUCUACAAAAUGUGGUGAUAUUGUUGGGACAGAUGGCAAUACUGGUUUGGUGAAAUGCAAUGAUGAGGGGCAGUUGGAAGAGUAUCAAACCUAUUGUGAUGGCUCACAUAGAUCUCUUAUGGUUGUGUAUACAGAGACUCUACUUUCACUCCCAUGUGGUGAUGAACAAGUCAAAGAAGAUGACUAACAAUACUAAAUGAGAAGAAUUAAGUUGUGAAAUAUUUUCUGAUAGCUUUACCCAAUUAUGUUCAUUUUAAGAAGUUGGUUUGUCCUCUUAAGUUUGAUAUGUUGUCAAUUGGGUGUUUAGUUGAGAAUGCCACACCAUUUGCAUGUAGUAAUAUAAUUUUAAACAAAUAAUUGAUGUUUGUCUCUUUUUUCA